GAGGGGAACCAGCCGCACCGACAGCGCGGUCGAGUUGGGGGAGCAGUGGGCGGGUGGGUCCGGCAACUCCCUCGGAGUCAAGCGCAGGCCGACUGGCGGCUGCAGAGAAUCCAACAGCGGCGUGCGAAGGCAGUUCCCGCGGGUCCGUGAAGGAGGUUGACAGCUCCAGCGGACGCCUGUCAGCUUUAAGGAAAAGUAGAAAUCACUUCUGACUAUACUGAGUAGCAAGUGAGUUCCUACAUUGCAGAUCAUGGCACUACCAUUCCGCAAGGAUUUAGAAAAAUACAAGGACCUGGAUGAAGAUGAGCUUCUUGAAAAUCUGUCAGAAAUAGAACUGAAACAACUAGAAACUGUUCUGGAUGAUCUUGACCCUGAGAAUGCCCUUCUGCCUGCAGGGUUCCGGCAAAAAAAUCAGACGUCAAAGUCUGCCACAGGACCUUUUGAUAGAGAACACCUCCUUUCAUAUCUGGAGAAGGAAGCAUUGGAGCAAAAGGACAGGGAAGACUAUGUGCCCUACACUGGAGAAAAAAAAGGAAAAAUAUUUAUCCCCAAACAGAAACCUGUACAGACUUUGACAGAGGAAAGUGUAUCUGUUGAUCCAGAAUUAGAAGAAGCUUUGAUGAGUGCUUCUGAUACAGAAUUGUGUGACCUUGCAGCUAUUCUUGGGAUGCAUAAUUUGAUAACAAAUACACAAUUUUGUGAUAUAGUGGGAAGUAGUAAUGGUGUUGAUAAAGGACAUUUUUCAAAUGUAGUGAAAGGUGAAAAGAUUCUUCCAGCAUUUGAUGAGCCACCAAAUCCAACCAACGUUGAAGAGAGUUUAAAGAGAAUUAAAGAAAACGAUGCUCAUCUUGUUGAAGUUAAUUUGAAUAACAUAAAGAAUAUCCCAAUUCCAACCCUAAAAGACUUUGCAAAGGCUUUGGAAACCAAUACACAUGUGAAAUAUUUCAGUCUUGCAGCCACCCGAAGCAAUGAUCCUGUUGCUGUUGCUUUUGCAGAUAUGCUGAAAGUAAACAAAACUUUGAAGAGCUUAAAUAUGGAGUCCAACUUCAUUACAGGAGCUGGGGUUCUGGCACUGAUUGAUGGUUUAAGAGAUAAUGAGACCCUGGCAGAGCUUAAAAUUGACAAUCAGAGGCAACAGUUGGGAACAGCUGUAGAAUUGGAAAUAGCCAAGAUGCUUGAGGAAAAUGCAAAUAUCCUUAAAUUUGGGUAUCAGUUUACACAGCAAGGACCCCGAACCAGGGCAGCUAAUGCUAUAACAAAAAACAACGACUUAGUCACAACUAUUCAUUGAAAUAAUUCUACCUACUCGCCAUCUCUUCGUCUAAGAAGUGUCACAGAUAUAAAAGCAAAGAGGUUAUAUGGUAUACAUACAAUAUUCAGUUGAACCUUGAGCCUCACCCUGUUUAUCAUCUUUACACUAGCUAACUACAUAACCAAUUUCCUACACCUUUUUUGUUUGCUAUACUCUGUCUUAUAGAUCUCGUUCAUAACAUUUUUGUAACAUGCAUUUUAACAUCUAAAAUGGUAUACUGAUAACUGCCCUACAGAAUUACAUAUUUCUGUUUUUCAGAGAUGUAUAAAUAUGAGCUAAGUUUGUAUUUGGAAAACAGAAGUUUCCUUUGAUUUUUUUCCCCCUUUAUAUGUUAGUAAAACUUAUUCUUCAUUACUGUGGACUAAAAUUAAAAGAUAAGUAUAAAAAUGUUCAUAAGACCCUGAUACUCUACUUGGCUGGACAAGCCAUCACUUGAACGUCUGAUAUCAUCUGUUAAAGGCCAACAAACAGAAGCCAGCGGUCAGAAUAACGCCAGAGCAGUGUCUAUGACCUGGUUGGGAGGCCAGGUGCACCUGUUGGCAUCAGUCAAUUAGGCUAGAGAGUCAAUUGCUUUACUAGUUGCUUCCAUGGACAGAAAAGAGCAGGAAAUUAAUAGACCAGUCUAACUUAAUCAGAGAAACUUACUGAAAAAGGUAUCAAAACAGUAACAUAUAAAUACAGAUCCUUUACAGUAGUCAAAUUGCCUUUCCUCACCUUGGAAAAGUGACUGAUAUAAUCUUCCUAAGGUGAAUAAUGAAGCUGAGUACUACUCUUUCAUAAAGGCUUUCUGUAUUCUCAAGUACUGCACAGGGCAGCUUAUAGUGCCUUUAGUUGCACAGCCAUGGAGGUAUAGAUAUGUAUAGAUAUCAUCAUUCUCCUGGUACAUAGAAUAAGUUGAGGCCUAGAGAGGUUAACUGACUUACCAGAGAACACACUACAGAAAAGUGACAGAGCCAUGAUCCACAUUCCCAUUUGCACUGACUUCAGAACCUGUUGUGCCUUUUGUCCUCUCUAAAUAGGAGUCAGCUACAACACUGAGUAGCACUGAAAUGCUAUUGGUGGCUGGUAGGUGAGAGAGCAGAUAGAACAUUUCUAAAGCUGAAGACCUGGUAUCCUUGCUGCUUGUAAGCACAACUUGAUGGUUUGGCAUCAUCUGUCCGUAAAGAGGCUGGGAGUUCUCAAAUACAUGCACCUUUUUUUCACUCUAUCAGCUGAACUAAUUGGCUGGCCACUUUGGAACCAAAAUUUAUAUUACCCAGAAUUGACCUCAGUACAUUACCAGAGUCUGAAAUUUUCUUUCUUUUUUUUUUUCCCCUGCAUUUGUUAUUUCAUCAGACCCCUCAACUGGUUCAUUUUGUAGAAGAAAGAGAAGGGAAAUUUGGAAAACAAUAGCAAGUCACUUACUUUAAAAAUGACAAAAAUGCUUUUAGUAUAUAUUCUUUCAGACUAAGGAAAUACAUUGUUGUAUCUAACCACAAGAGCAUGAAAAUUGUUACUUUUAAUACCUUUUAACCCCAGCUGUCUGAGGUCAUUGCAGAAUUUAAUUCAGUAACUUAUUAAUCACUUUAUAAAACCUAGGUAUACUCUCCUCCCCACCCCCUCACCCAGUACUGGUAAUUGAACCCAGGGGCACUGUACCACCAAGGGCCAUAUCACUAGCCCUUUUUAUUUUUUGAAACAAAAUCUCACUGAGUUUCAGAGGCUCACCUUGAACUUGUGAUCCUGCAUCUCCAUCCUCCCAAGUUGUGGGGAUUAUAGAUAUGCACCACCACACCUGGCCUAGAUGUACAUUUUUUCCUUUUUUUUUUUAAUAUUUUAUUUUUUAGUUAUCGGCAGACACAACAUCUUUGUUUGUAUGUGGUGCUGAGGAUCGAACCCGGGCCGCACGCAUGCCAGGCGAGCGCGCUACCGCUUGAGCCACAUCCCCAGCCCUAGGUGUACAUUUUUUCAGUAAACAGAAGACUCAAACCUAAUGCUGACUACUCUGUGUUUUAGGUUUUUAGCACUGCCACUGUAUAAGCACAGGGUCAUUGAGCUUAGGACACGUCUUUCUUAUUUAGAAGCCCCUUGGUUCUCAGCAGGUAAAUAACAAUGGUCAAUGAUGGGAAAUUGUUUUUUUAUUAAUGGUCAUGUGAACUGGAAAUGCACGCUUAAUUUUUGUAAAACUAACAGAAUUGUACAGAAAUUUGUUAUAAGCAAGUUAACACUGUAGAAACUAAUAGGGAUUCCCCAAAACCCUUU